AUGGCCCGCACCGAGAGUGAAAUAGGGACAUUCGGCAUCGUUGCCCGGCGGGCCCGUCUGGAUGUACCGCCGCGGGCCGGCCUCGGCAAGCCGCCAGGCAUACGCUUUAACGUGUCGUUCGAUGGCCUCAAGAGAGAGUACAACAGGCUUAUCGACCACUACAUCGCGCACGAGGAGCUCAAAACACAGCUCAAGCGCCGCGUACUGCCGGAGCCGUCAACGCGCUUCCUGUACGAGACUCUCGUCGGCCAGUGGCUGGAGGAGAUGGAGCGCGCGUACCCCAGUAACAAGACGUACGAGCUGUACAGCUUCUUCGUGUUUACCAAUUCGGACCCGGCCAAGCUUGCCACCAUCACGGAGCUUAUCAGCGGGCUUAUGACGGAGUUCCGCACCCAGUUCAAGGGUGAGAAGGUCACUUUCCUCGUCACCUGGAUUCACUCGGGCGGUAAAGCGUCGGAGCCGCCGCCCGAAGCCACGGCCUAUUUUUGGCGCGAGGCCGUCUUCCACGCCUACGUGACGGUCGAGUGGGUAGACAAGUGGAUGGAAGGGGAAAUGCGGGCGUUCCUGAUUAAAGUGAAGCGGGCGCUGCGGCCGCACUCGCUGGGCCAGGAGGCGGCGUUUAUCAACUUCCCCGACCGGGACUUCCCCAGCAGGCUGCACGAGCGGGCGUACUUUGGGGACAACACCGAGGAGCUGAGGCGGAUCAAGCAGAUGUGGGAUCCGGAGGGCUUCUUCAAGUGGCCGCAGGGCGUCAAGAGGCCCGGGGACCCGGACGAGGAGGACGAGGAGUCCGACGGGGGCGACGAGGACCAAACGGAUCGACUGGCUUCGGAGCAGUGGGCCAAGCGGUGGAAGCACGACAAUCCGGCUGAUCUCGAGGCCGAAUUCGCCUACCUGGCAGAGCGGGGGUUUGACGAGGACGACUAG